AAUUCACCUCUUCGGAUCAAACUUAAAUAAAUCUUCAAACAUGAAAUUCUUUAUUGUUUUAAUUGUACUUUGUGCAUUCACUUCAGUCAUAUCGGCACUUCCAAAGAUAUCGAAAGCAGAACGUGCAAAUGAUGAUUUUUGGGACGUUGUUGCAGAGAAAGCCGAGCAUAAUAUCUUUGAAGGUCUUUUUGACAUGAUUUUAUUCGGAAUUACCGGAGGCAAAGGCCGCGACGAAACUACUCGGCUCCAUGUGGCUGCUCGAAGAGGUAAUCUUAAACAAGUGAAGGAUGAAAUCGACUACGAUGAAGAUGUUGAUGCCGUUGAUUUUCGUGGCAAUACAGCACUUCAUGAAGCCAUUUUGAAUGGUAAUGCCAAUGUUGUGAAACUUCUUUUGGAAAAUGAUGCAGACAUUACCGUUGAAAAUGACGAUGGAAAAACACCAAUUGAUGUGGCUUUGGAACAAGGACGGGACAAAAUUCACAAAAUGCUUCUUAAAGCUGAAGAGAGUGAGAUUGAAGAUCGACAACUUAGACUAAAAUACUUGAAGAAAGCGCUAUUUUAGUAUUUAAAAAAGUUACUAUUUAUUGUCGGUACAAAAUCAAACAAGUAAUAAAAAUUUACAUGAAAAACAA